AAGCUCACACGUUCUAAUUACCUUCCCAGCCGCACUUCUACCAUCAUCUGAUUACUGGUCCACCCGUCUCCAUCCUCUCUUCUGUAUAUCUGAGCUGAGCCUCUUCACAAGAGUGGUCACCUACCUGAAUUUCCAAUGGCGGGUAAUGAGGAAAAUGCUGACAUUGUAGACGGAUCAGAAGGGGAAACCAAAUCUGUCAAUGCAAGGAAGAGAAAAGUAAAGGAGACGCUUUCAUCCUUAGGCAUGAGUGUUAGAGAGAAUUGCGACCCUCCUGUAAUCGCGGUCUUGGGAUCGGGGGGUGGAGCCCGUGCCAUGGUUGGAUUAAUGGGAACAAUCUCGAAACUGGCCGAACUCAACCUUUUAGGUGCCGCUACAUACAUGGCUGGGAUAUCUGGAUCAACAUGGUGUAUAUCCUCUCUGUAUUCGAAAAAAAACUGGUCAGACUUUGCAGUCAUUCAGGACCUGGAGAUGAAGUUACGUGAGCGGAUGAAAUCGGAGACUGAACGGAAAUGUCCAUGGGAGAAGAUGAAAGAGAAAUUUCUUGGAGAAUCGUACUCAAUGACAGAUUUCUGGGCCUAUACAUUUGUCUUCCAUGCCUUGAAUAUAAUUAAUGAAGAAAAGUUGUCCAGUCACAAGGAGACGUGUGAGACCGGUGAAGACCCCUAUCCCAUCUACUCUGCUGUGAGAAAAUAUCAAAUACAUGAAAACAAACCAGAAGCUUGGUUUGAGUUCACUCCACACACAUCUGGAUUUCCUGCUUACAAUUGUUAUAUAAAGACUGAAAAUCUGGGAAGUAAGUUUAAAGGAGGACAGAUAUUGGAGAAGCAGCCCGAGCGCAACUUGAUUUAUCUUCAAGGAUUGUGGGGCAGUGCAUUCGGCGCUGAUUGGGUUUGGUUGUUCUUUCAUGACAUGUACCAUAAAUUCAUCCAAUGGCUGACUGGAGAUGAGACAUACGAGACGAUGAGCCCGGAAAGGAAACUCGAUAUGAUGAACAACCCGCAACUUCAUAAAUCCUGGUGGGAUAAUAUAACAGUGAUAAAGAACAUCGCAUCUUGUUUUGCGAGGUGGAAAUGGGGAACAACAAACAAUUUCCUCUACAAAUGCAAAGGUAAAAUCCCAGAAGACUGCGACCUCUUUCAGAAAGAGCACAUCGAUCUGAUUGAUGCCGGUUUGGAAAUUAACACUCCGUACCCGUUAGUGUUACGUCCUCACCGCAAAGUAGAUCUGAUUUUGUCUUUUGACUUCAGUGAAGGAGAUCCAUUCGAGACGGUGAAAAAAACAGCCGAAUACUGUGAGGAGCACAAAGUCCCCUUCCCGAAAAUCCCUGAAGAAAGUUAUGAGCUCCCUCCAACAAAAAGCUGCUACGUCUUUGAAGGAGAUGGAAAAGAGAUUCCCGAUGUGAUGCACUUUCCUCAGUUCAACACCCAGACCUGUGGAGAUGUUGGAAACAUUGCGGCGUUACAGACAAUGUAUACCACAAAAAUUCUUUCGUAUGAUGACUCCAAGAUGAAAGACCUGCUGGACAUCGCUAAGAAAAAUGUGGAGAGCAGCGAGGAGCAGAUACUGGAGAAACUACAACAAUGUGUUCAGAGAUGUAACCAGAGGGGGAUGUCCCAGACAUAACAGGCGAGGACCAAUGAAAAUGACGGAAACUUGAAUAAAAUAUGACGAGGGCUGAAAAGUUUUAUAGACGACCAUAGUGGAUGUAAACCCAAAUUCAUGAAAUCUGACUUAGGCCUCUUCCCCACGAGGCCGACUCCGUCGCUACAGAGUCCGCCGGCUCAGCGGGAGAUAUCUCCGCUGAUCUCCACUGAGCCGGCGGAUGACAAGCC